AUGUUGGCUGGCUCCAUUGGUCAUAUUCCUCAUGUGAAUGCUGGUAACCGGAAUGGAGAUGGUGAUGAGUUUCGUGCUUUGGGGAAGUUCCAUAGGAACAAUCCUCCUGUCUUUGAGGGUGAGCAUGAACCUGAUAAAGCUCAAGCUUGGCUGAAGGCGAUUGUGAAUAUCUUUCGAGUUAUGAUUUAUACGGAUGCUCAGAGAGUACAGUUUGGUACUCAUAUGCUUGAGAAGGAAGCUAAAGAUUGGUGGAACAACACUCUUCAGAGGUUUGAAGAAGAUGGCAUUCAGCAAGGAAAUGGCACUGUUGUUGAAUAUGCUGCUAGAUUUCAAGAGCUUAUCAAGUAUUGUCCUCGUUAUAAUAGUGAUAAUGAUGAGAGAUCUAAAUGCUUGAAGUUUGUGAAUGGCUUGAGACAUGACAUCAAGAAGGCCAUUGGUUAUCAACAAAUUACCCUUUUCUCUAAGUUGGUUAACAAGAGUAGGAUCUAUGAUAAGGACAGUAGGGAGAGUGCUUCUCACUAUAAAUCUUUGAAGGAUAGGAAGGGCAAAGGUCAAGAUCGUGGGAAACCGUCAUCGUGCUGUUGA